GUGAGACUGCUGGCCUCAUCGACUGAGGGACUGGAAGGGAGUAGGAUUUAGGUGGCACCCUUAAAAGAGAGACACAGGAAUCGGAAGAGGGGAGAGGAGAACCCUGAGCGAGGAGGUCGGGGAAGAGAGACCAUCACUGCAGCUCGGAGAAAGUGAUUGGUGAAUGACAAUCAUGGCUCAGGUGCUACAUAUGGACACCAGUUUUCCAGGGAAGAUUAACCCCCCGGCUCCCCCCUCCUUGCACGGAAAGAAUCAAGAGGCUCCAUAUUCAGUUGAGACCCCCUAUGGCUAUCGUCUGGACCUGGACUUCCUCAAGUACGUCAAUGAUAUUGAGAAAGGCAACACCAUAAAGAAGGUGCCUGUGCAACGGCGCCCACGUUAUGGUUCACUUCCACGUGGCUAUGGCUAUACAGGCUCCUGGUGGACCUCCACUGAGUCACUGUGCUCCAAUGCCAGCAUGGACAGCCGUCACUCAUCAUACUCCUACUGUGCGCCAGGCUUCCACAGCUCACAGCGGCCCAACUUCAGUAUGGCACGUGUGGAGAAGACAUUGUUGGAUGCCCGUCUCAAGCUGGAGGAAGAAAAGGAUGGCCGUCACUUCUCCAAUCUGGGCAGCAUGCACAGCAGCGUUGCUGGCUCCAACACCUCCCUUUCCAGUGCGCAUAGCUUCAAUCGUGCCCAGGGAGGUGGGUCCUUUACACCAAUAAGCUCUGGCUUGUCCACACCCAUGUCACCUACACCCGCCCAUUUGCAGCAUGUACGGGAGCAGAUGGCUGUCGCCCUACGGAAAAUCCGGGAGCUUGAGGAGCAGGUGAAGACCAUUCCAGUGCUGCAAGUGAAGAUCUCCGUGCUCCAGGAGGAGAAGAGGCAGCUCAGUGUGCAACUCAAGAGCCAGAAGUUCCUGGGCCACACGCUGGGGUUCAGUCGGAGCCGUCCACGUGGAGAGCUUUAUAUCGACAUACCCGAGGAGGAGGUGGGAAAUGGGGCAGGAGCCACAAACAGAGCUGCAGGAAGCCUUUCUCCUACCACUCCAGGCUCCCUCCAGGACUCGGGCUGUGAGAUUGAAGAGACGGUAAUUGUCAGCGGAGACCGUCCAGGUGCAAGGAGAGAGGUGCGAACAGUAGGUGUGGGGCCAGAGAUAAAGGAAUGUGGCUAUCGUCAAGUGGGUGUAGGGGUGCGAGAGGAGGACUUGGGGCUGCUGCCUGAAGCUGAAGCCCUGAAGACUAAGGUGGGGCUUUUGGAGGUUCAGCUAAGGAAGACUAUGCAGGAACUGCAGAGUGCUCAGCAGCAAGUGGAUGCAGCUCAGAGAGAGAGGCAGGUUCUUCCUCCUCAGGUGGACCAUGCGGUAAAGGCCACAAGUCUGGGCUGGCAGGAACAGCAGGGGCAGGCUGGUGCGGGUCUGCACACUGUUGUCAGUUUCACCCAGCAGCCCCAUCAGCAGAGGACCGUGGGGAUCCAAGUGUACACAUUGGAGCAGCCCACAGUGGUGGGUGUGGGGACACUGCUGAGAGCCCAGGGUUGCAGUUCUCCUGCUCAGCCCGUAUCUGCCGGCACACUAGAGGGGCCCCAUAGAAGACAUGCAGAGUCCCUAGGAACAGAGGAAUCACCACGCGAGUUUCCCAUUGCAAUAAGCUCUAAGCAGGUGCGAGAAGUCUUGAGAAGCGAAGUAUCCAAGUCAGUGCCAGUGACCAACCAGGCAACCGCCAUGGAGACAAAAUGCAGCCAGGUGGCUCCUGUCUGCCAGCGGCUAAAAGAGGGAGAGAUUAGCCAGCAAGCAUCAGAAGAAGCCAUCCAAAUAGAUGCCAUAAAACCAGCCUCCCUUCAAUACACCCUGAGGUCAAUCAUGAAGAGAAAGGCUGAUGGGGAACCUGGUUCUCCUUACACCAAGAAGAACCUGCAGUUCAUUGGAGUCAAUGGAGGGUACGGGUCUACAUCCUCCGAGGAGAGCAGCUUGGAAAGUUCAGAGGAUGAGAGUGAUGCAAGCGAAUACCACGAGGCUACUGAGAAAUUACCAGAAUCUGCAGCACAGCAGCCCCAGGAGACCCCCUGCAGCCCUGCUUCUCCCAAAUCCAGUGAGACAUCAGCUGCCCUAACACCUCAGCACAGCACUGCCCAGUCACCAGCCAAAGAUACUGAAACACAGAAAAUCACCAGCCAAUCACAAGCCAUGGAUGCAGCUACCCAGCAACAGGUUACCCAAUCACCAGCAGCAGAGGCAGACAUACAUCACUGUGCCAGCCAAUCAUCACUUACAACCACUGCACAUCCGGGAAGUGUUGUUCAAUCCACAGAGGCAAAACUCGUUCUUCAAACGCAUACCUCUCAAAGCACUGCCAUGGAACAAAACGCUGUCCAGUUAUCGGCCACCAGCUCUGUUGUACAGCAUGCUGUUGUUCAAUUUAAGGCCACUGAUUCAAAUGUCCAGCAAAGUCCAACCCAGCCAGAGGUGUCAGGCCUCGAUGCUCAGCAGGCGACCACUCAAUCACAAUCCACUUAUGCCAAAUCUCAGCAAGAUGCAAGUCAAUCAAAAACCACUGACCUCACAACCCAACAAGGAGCUAUGCAGUCACAAUCUACUGAUGCCUCAGCAAAACAGGACAUAGCCAUAUCCUUCAACAACAAUCCAGCUGCAACCCCAAGUGCCAUCCCAACUAAUAAACAAGAAAGCAAACUGAAAUUGAUUGGCAGUCUCGUGGCUGCUCUCAAUACCUUGCAGAGAGCACUCAACGAGCCAAAUGCAUUUAGCCAUCAAGAAGCGAGGACAGCUUACACCACAGUAUUGCAGGAGUGGCUUCGAGUGUCCUGUCACAAGGCUGCUGACACUGCAGUAGUCAAGGCGUACAUGGACACCUUUGCCUCCAUUUCCCCUCAGCUACUGGAAUUUGUCAUCAACAUGGCUGAUGGCAACGGAAACACAGCUCUGCACUAUACCGUCUCUCACUCCAACUUCCCUGUUGUCAAACUGCUGCUGGAUACUGGUCUCUGUAAUGCUGACAAGCAGAACAAGGCUGGUUACACAGCUAUCAUGUUGACAGCUCUGGCUGCCUUCAAUUCUGACAGUGACCUUCAAACCGUCCUACAGCUGCUCCGCACUGGCGACGUCAAUGCCAAGGCCAGCCAGGCAGGGCAGACAGCACUGAUGCUGGCGGUCAGUCAUGGCAGAGGGGACAUGGUGAAAGCUCUACUGUCCUGUGGAGCCCAGGUCAAUCUGCGUGAUGAUGAUGGAUCCACAGCACUCAUGUGUGCCUGUGAGCAUGGGCAUGUGGACAUCGUGCGCCAGCUGUUGUCUGUGCCAGGCUGUGACGCUACGCUCACUGACAAUGAUGGCAGCACUGCUCUCUCCAUUGCCCUGGAGGCCAGUCAAAAUGACAUCGCUGUGCUUCUUUAUGCACACCUCAAUUUUGCAAAGCCGCCUUCCCCUGUGUCACCAAAGUCUCCAAUUUUGGGAUCUUCUCCUCCCUCCUCUGAAAUGAAGUGACCCCUUAUUCAAAUGGAUUUCAUGAAUUUGAUGUCAGCUCUUCCAGCAGAAGUUCCUCGUCCAUUCCACUGUCUGUGUGU